GAAAGCUGCAACAGAAUCCAUCUUCUCAGGCUUCAAGCUCUGCACUUGUGGUUGAUCCACAGUUUAUCAGAAAAUCAGCGUCCUGUUCUGAACUACUGGGAGCUGAAGCGUGUUUUAGGUGUUGAGAUCUCCACCUAAUCACCUGCCAGCUGAAGCAGCUUCAUAAGUGUGCUGCUGACAUUUCAUGAGCGCAGACGGAUCCUAAACAUCAGGAGAUGCUGCUGUGACGGUUUGCUGAUAAAACCAGAUUCAAGACACCUUGUGCCAGAUGCAGCAAAGCAGCUCCAGAACACAACAGAACUUCCUCCAUGUUUCACACUGAAGCAGCUUCAUAAGUGUGCUGCUGACAUUUCAUGAGCGCAGACGGAUCCUAAACAUCAGGAGAUGCUGCUGUGACGGUUCGCUGAUGCAUGCUGAGAAAACCAGAAACAUGAUGUGGACCUUCAUAUUCCUUUCUGUCCUGUCCCUAAACAUCUGUCAGGCUGCUGCACAAGGAAACUCGACGCAAAAGUACUACUUCAAAUUGAAAAUAGACAAAAACGCAAUCGGAAAUGUCACCAAGCUACUGAGACCUUUUGUGAAUGACACCAACUUUAGCAUCGAAGAUUUGAAAAUGACGACAGAGUGUACGGAGAACUCAGACAGUGUAAAGUGUAGCUGCAAACUAAACCACAGGUGGAGUGAUGAUGUUUGUUGGUCUCAUAAGAUGUGUUGUGGUGACUCAGAAUGCACCUUCCCGACAAACUCAAGUCAAAUGUGUGUUUCUGUCCGUUCAGUUGCUGUUUCCGGGUAUCUCACUCUGGGACAAAAUUAUUCUGAUUGUCUGAGAGAUAACACAACUGAGAAGUACAAGGAAUGUAAUGACAAAUUGCUCAUGAAGAUGAAGGAGGUGUACAGCACUAUCAGGGGAUUUGACACCUUAAAAAUCACAAGAUACAGGAUUGGAAGCGUCAUCGCAGAGUUUGAAAUGAAUACUGCUGACGGGGUCAAUUCAAAGGAUCUGAUCAAUAAAGCGCAAGAACUGAGCAAACGCCUGCCAGCGACAUUUCAUUUGGAGACUGCAGGUGUUGUCAGCUUAGACAUGCCACCCAACUUUACUUGUUAUGGAAGCAGUGUCGUCCUCAGGUGCAAUUCAACGGAGGAUCUGGGCGUUACGCCAAAGUGGAAUCUGAAAAGACCGGACAGAAUAUUUGAGAUAACCUCAGGCACAGUUGCAAAUGUGACAUUAGGAAAAAGGGAGACCACUCUCAACCUCACAGAAGUGUCUGAACUCUGGCAAGGAAACUACUCGUGUACAUACACACAAGAGCAGCCUAAUGUCACCAUAAUACACAAAGACACCGGUUUCCUUGAUGUUUCCCUCCUGCCAAAAAUCUCCACUUCCACAGAUCCACCUUUUGUGCGCUGUGAAACCAUAAACAGUGUUGUGACAGUAACCGCUAAAUGUGAGAUAAGUAAAAGCAGUGAGCCUUAUGUGGUGACCUGGAUAGGUAACGCCAUCCCGCAGGAUCCACCAGAUAAGAGUGAAGAAACAAUUGUCUAUAAAGCUGUUCAAAUAAUGACCUGUAAUCCACCCCCCGUGAAACCUGUAGAACUACAGUGCAAAUUUAGGAACAGAUGCAGCCAAACCAGAAGUGGUGACAUUAAGAUAUAUUUCAUUAAAGUGGGUGAAAAGUUUUGUGCAGCUGAAGGUGAUUGGUACGACACCAAAGCUGGUUUCACUGCAGAGUUAAAAUGCAAGAAUUCCGCUGGUGUGAGACUACGGAAAUGCAGUGAGGCGGGGGGAUGGGAAGAGGAGGACUCGAGGUGUGUGCUCGUGGAACUUGAAAGAACUCUGCAACAAGCAAAAAUUGUUAACACUGGACUUGGCUUUAAAGAGGAAAAUGCUGCAGAUGUGCUUUCCAGCUUAGAGAACGCCACUAAUAACACCGAGAAUAUCGACACUUACGCCAACGUGAACAUAUCGGUCCACGUCCUCAGCACCUUGCACCAAAGGCUGGAUGAGAUAAAUAAUAACUCCUCGAUAGAUCAUCUUCUUGAGUCAUCUAGUAAUCUGCUCGAUAGGUCUCUUAACAAAUCCUGGACGUCACCACCUCGUGAUAUCAAUUUGACACUGGCUGACACGUAUCUGAGUUCACUCGAGCGAUUAAUCAAAAUAGCAAACACAACGGACAUCAGCAGAAAACCAAACGUAGAGGUCGUCACGUGCGUCAACAAAACGGAGUGUGAAAACUCGGUGUUCAAUGUCAACGUCUCCCUUAAAAAUUGGGAAAGCGGCGUAGUGAAAACAACUGGAUUCAAACAGCUGGAGAGCUACCUGCCCCACGACUGGGAGAUGAAACCCAACAGCAUCGUUAUGUCGACGACCACCAAUGGAAGCACAGAUAAGGUCAAUAUUACAAUCAAUUUCCCGCUCAUCACGCCAAGGCCUCGCCACGUUAGGCUUGAGUGCGUCUCGUGGAACAACACAGCCCGAAAGUGGUCUUCAGAUGGGUGCAAAUGGGCAGGAGCUGAUGAUGAAGGACGCUGCACCUGCACGCAUUUGUCCUCGUUUGCAAUUCUUCUGAGCAGAUAUCCCAUGAAUAUCACUGGCGAGACUGAGAUGACCUACGUUGGGUUGUCUGUGUCAAUCAUAUCUCUGACUAUCAGCCUCCUGAUCGAACUGGUCGUCUGGAGCGACGUAGUCAAGACAAAUACUUUACAUUUACGCCACACCGCCCACGUGAACAUCUCUGUGUGUUUGCUGGUUGGAAAUUGCUGUUUUCUAGCGUCCAGUAAGCCACGUGAUUUAUCACACAUUUGGUGUAAAACCCUCACGGUGCUGAAGCAUUUCUCCUACCUGUCCAUGUUCUUUUGGAUGCUGUGUCUGAGCGCCACACUUCUCCACCAAACGCUUUACCUGUUCCAUCAAGUGAGCAGGACAAAGUACCUGAGGUUCUCCAUGAUCGUAGGCUACGGCUGUCCUUUGCUUAUUGUCUUUGUCACGUUUCUUACCAACAACUCUGGCGGUGAGAGCUCCUACUACCAUAAAGACACCUGUUGGCUGGUUUAUGUCGGACUCAUGUCGGGGUCCAUCUUCACGUUUGUCAUCCCAGUUGGUAUAAUCGUCUUCGUCAACAUCUUCUCCAUGCUGGUGGUAAUCAUGAAGCUGUUGCAUCACCAAGAGAACAUGGACAAAUCCCGUGAGAAAGAGAAAGCAGCUGCAAAAACCAUCUUGAGGACAGUUGUUCUUCUGACUCCAGUCUUCGGCGUGACGUGGAUUUUUGGACUCGCUGUGUUGAUUGUUGACCUCACAUCUGGUCCCAUUGCUUAUUUAGUCAACUAUGUCUUCAUCUUCAUGAACGGAUUCCAGGGUUUGUUCAUUUUGCUGACCACAUGUCUGGGGGACAGAACGACCCGUGAAGCUCUGCUCAAACGCUUCAGGAAAAAAGCUCCAGCAUCCACCAGCGACAGCAGCGUGAAGUUAGACUUCAAAGUGAAGAAGUGAAAAUCACCAGAAAAACAAUGCAUUUUACACACAGGAAAAAGCGCUAUUUGCUCUUUAAAGUGACUGUUUCUGUUGUUUACUUUGGUUUACUGCCAGUCAGACAAGUUCAAUUCACUUUACAAAGUUGUAAUAUCUGUUUUGUACAUAUCACCAUUCAUUUGUUGGCCUCAUAAAACAUCAAGUUAGCUCGACACUGAAGAAGUGUAAAUCACACUCGCAGUAAGAUGUAUUCUACUUAUAAAAUCACAGAUAACUUUAUUUAUGCUUUAAAGUCACUGUUUCUGUUGUUUAUUGUGGUUCAUUGCAAGUAAGAUAAGUUAAACUGACCAUACAAAGUUGUGAUAUUUGUUUUGUGCAUGUAAGAUCAGAUAAGAUAAUCCUUUAUUUCUC